CAUUGGAGGAAUUGCCAUAGUGUAUUUGCUCCCAAAACUUCAAUAAAUAACCGUAAUCGUAUGGUUGAACCCCAAUUAAUUAGACGUCUGAGAAAAGAUUUUGAUCUAGAGAACAAAGAGAUACAUUUGUAUUGAUUGGAGAAGCAACAAGAGUGGAGUUCUGACUGUUUUAUAAAAACCGCCAAGGUCAAGAAAUUCACCAUCCAUGGCCAGUGGCGGGUAUGGCCGUGGUGGGAGGGGUGCAGCUCUGCUGCAGGCCCUGAGCCAGCCAGUCAGGCGCCCAGGGGAGGAAAAAGAGAACACACCAACGACUACAUCCCCUCCUGCCAGCUCCACACCAGUGCCAACUACUACGCCUGCUCCAAUGGGACGAGGCCUUGCACUGGGUAGAGGUGCUUACAUGUCAUCACUGCUAGAAGCAGCAAAGAAAACAUCUUCUGACAGUGCUACUGGUAGUGUUGCAAGUCGGCCAGGUUCCACACCAAGGGUGACUGCCCCAGCACCAGCUGGAAGAGGUGUAGCCGCACUUGGACGAGGAGUAGCUGCAAUUUCCCUUGGCGGGCGAGGCAUAGCAAGCAUGGGGACGCCAGCCACCAUGUCACCUGCUCAUUCCGAGGCAGCAAGCAGCAAUAAACCUCCAUCACCUAAAGGAGGAGGCCAGGGAUUUUCUGAUAACGUGAAUGUGAUCAACGUUGCAGGCAAGCCAGCAAUGGUUUUUAAGGGCACCAGUGGUAAACCGGUGCAUCUUGGUGCCAACUCAAUUCAUAUAAAGUCUGGUAAUGCUGCCAUUUAUCAAUAUGCCAUUCACUUCCAUCCACAAGUUGACUCAAGGAACAUGCGCUACAGAUUAAUCAACGAGCAGCGUGCAACGAUAGGUCCUGUCAAGGCUUUUGAUGGUUGCAUACUCUUCCUGCCAAAACAACUUGAGCAUAAGCAAAUUACUAUUCAGUCAAAGAAGCCGACUGAUGGUUCUCCGGUUGCCAUAACAAUAACGCUCACAAAAAUGUUGUCGCCUGGAGCAGAGGAAUGUAUGCAAGUUUAUAAUGUAAUAUUCCGAAGGAUGAUGGCCUGCCUAAAAUUGGUGCAGAUAAAUCGCAAUCAUUACUAUCCAGGUGGAGCUGUUCAGGUUCCACAACACAAAUUAGAAAUCUGGCCGGGGUACUGCACUGCAAUUGCCGAACAGGAAGGUGGUCUGAUGUUGCUGACAGAUGUCAGCCAUCGAGUUCUCAGGACACUGACAGUCCUUGAUGUGAUGUGUGAUAUACAAAAGAAGAAUCGGAACUUCCGGGACAAUGUCAUCAAGGCGGUGCAAGGCUGUACGGUGUUGACACGGUACAACAACAAGACAUACCGAAUAGACGAUAUAGCCUGGGAUCAAAAUCCCAAGUGUUCGUUUUUGUCCUCGGCAACGGGUGAGAGUAUGACGUACCAGGAGUAUUACUUAAAGAAUUACAACAAGAAGAUAUUCGAUGACGAACAGCCACUGCUCAUUCACCGACCGAAAGUCUCCAAACAGGAACAGCAGAAGAGAGAACCAAGAGAAGGGCGGCCACGUGCAGAAGUUAUAUGUCUUGUCCCGGAGUUAUGCUAUUUGACCGGGCUGACUGAUGAGAUGCGGGAUGAUUUCCGCGUGAUGAAGGACUUGGCUGUCCACACCCGCAUCAACCCAAACCAAAGAAAUCGAAGCCUGCGAGAAUUCAUCAGAAAUGUCAAGCAGAACGAAGACGCGAGCAAACAGCUUGAGGACUGGGGUCUCCAGCUUGACACAGAUACGCUGAACCUCGAUGGCCGCCAGCUCCCACCAGAAGAUAUCUUCUGGCGUGGUGGUCAAACCCAAGGAACCGUUCAAGCGGAUUGGGGACGAGACUUGAACAGACAGAAAGUGAUCUCAGCGGUUGAUAUUGUCAACUGGAUGGUUCUGUCCACUCAACGAGAUUCCCCAAAGGCGAAUGACUUCAUCAAAAUGAUGAAACAGAUUGGACCAUCCAUUGGUAUCAACAUCCGAGAUCCUCAUCAGAUCCACCUAAAGGAUGACAGAGUUGACACCUACCUGCGUAGCAUCAAGGAGAAUCUCAAUAACACGGUUCAGUGUGUAGUCACCAUCUUCCCCACUAAGAGAGAUGAUCGUUACAGUGCUGUGAAGAAGCUGUGCUGUGUAGAACAACCUGUACCUUCCCAGGCCAUCAACGCCCGGACAAUCAGCGAUAAGAAUAAACUCAAAUCUGUCGUAAUGAAGAUUGCCCUUCAGAUCAACUGCAAAUUGGGAGGAGAGCUGUGGGCUGUCGAGAUGCCAACAAAAAAUAUGAUGGUGAUCGGCAUCGAUGUGUACCAUGAAGGUAAAGGAGGAAAAGGCAAGUCGGUGGGUGGUUUCGUCGCGAGUACGAACCCGGAACUGACUCGGUGGUACAGCAGGGUCUGCAUCCAGCUUCCUCACCAGGAGUUGAUCGAUGGCCUUAAAUCUUGCAUAACUGCAGCUCUGAAGAAGUACCACGAGAUAAACCAUGACCUGCCGGGCCGAAUCAUGAUCUUCCGUGAUGGUGUAGGCGAUGGCCAACUGGCUCGAGUGGCAGACUACGAAGUCCAACAGAUCACAGAGUGUUUCCGUCACUUUGGAGAUUACCAUCCAAAGCUGGGAGUAGUCGUCGUCCAGAAGAGGAUUAAUACCAGGAUCUGGAGUGUCAUGAACCGAGACCUUGAAAACCCUCCACCUGGAACAAUUGUAGAUCACACCAUUACUAGACGUGACUGGUAUGAUUUCUUCCUGAUCAGUCAGCAUGUCCGUCAGGGUACCGUCAGUCCCACUCACUACGUUGUUGUUCACGACUCCAGCGGACUGAGCCCAAAUCAAAUACAGCGCUUGGCCUACAAGUUGACACAUCUCUAUUACAAUUGGCCUGGAACAGUCAGGGUACCUGCUCCCUGUCAGUAUGCCCACAAGCUUGCCUACCUCAUUGGACAAAAUACGCACAAGGAGCACAGCUUGGAGCUUUCCGAUAGACUCUUCUUCCUGUAGACACCUACAGCUCUAUACCACGAACAACGGCAGCUUUUAUGUUCUCACUGUGGUGAAAGACUGUUAUGCGAUUUUGCGCAAAAAAGCAAGGAUGUGUUGUUGAAAGGAAGAAAUUACAUGUAUGUUAGUUGGAGAGGCGAUUUUGUUUCUGGAAUAUCGAAUUGAAGUCUAUACGAUCAGUUGUCAUCAAGAAUUUGUUUUAGCGCAUUCUGGUGCUGUUUGGACUGGCACCCCCAAAAAAAUUAUAUCUGUAGCACUCUCAUACCUAAUGUUGACUCGCAGCGAAAAAGUUGUUCUUGUAUGAAUAAGUCAUUAAGUCUCAUGUCUUAUUCCACAUGCAUUUUCCUUGUACAUGCAUUUGCCUUGCAGAAAAGUAGUGUUUUUUUUAGCUUAGUCACUGUGGUGUGUUGUUUAUAUCGGGGGAUAUUUGAUAGACUGCUGAGAUCAUAGUUCCUUGGGGUGAUCUAGUUUCAUCCUAAAGUUUGCUUCUUCAAGCAGAGUAUUGAUUUCUAUAUUGUACUGCAUUUACGCUUUUACUCAACGUACGUUCUACUUAGAAAAUUUGUGAAUUUUUGAUUUUAUCAGUGUUGGUAUUGCGCUGGACUUCCUGUACCGCUAUAUCAACAAGUGAAGUGGAACCUCCCUUAGGGCACUCCUCUUUACAAUAAAGGGAUAACCUCUCUUCUAAGGAAAUUGUGUUAACUUCCUAAUUGAUCUUUCCAAUUGAAUUUAAGCUCUGUAAUCAGGACAACUCUCAGUUAAGGAGAGCAUUUUUCAUUACAAAGUUUGUCUUUAAUAUAGGGUUCUACUGUACUUGUGAUCAAGUAACAGACAUGUACUUAUGAGACAAGUGUUUUGUCUUUAAUAUAGGGUUCUACUGUACUUGUGAUCAAGUAACAGACAUGUACUUAUGAGACAAGUGUUUUGUGAAAGUUGUGAACUGCCAGUAUGUCAACAUGCCAUUACCAAGAUGAUUCAUAAAACAAUGUGUUUAUAUAAACUGUUUUAUGUUACAUGUACACUUUACAUUAGGAACAUUACACAUUAUUCAAAUAAUAAAUAUCAACAGGUCUGUGUUUGUAUAUAUUUUUAACCAAGCCGAUAUUGACCAUAAGCUAGUUGUUAUUUUUUGAUGGUUAUGGGGCAUUUUGACCACCUGAGGCUCUGUGUCCUAGAUCCCUUAUUGAUGGCUGAUAUUUACCUUGGCUCAGUUGUUAAUAACACACAAGUUUGUCUGACUGUCGCUAAGAUGGGAACAGUUGUCCUAUAAAAAGUUGGAAGAGUUCACUUCAAAAGCCUUUUCAAAACAAUUAAAGAAAAAACAGUGUCUGGUCUUCCCAUUGUAAAAAUUGGGAGUAAGAAUGGAGUUUGACUUUGGGCAACUUUCAAUCCUGUCAUUGAUGUCAGUGAACCCGUUGAACAGGUUUCAGUUUGGGUUGGUCUGGAGAUGGAUUACAUGUAUGAUGCAAAGUGAAAAGCAAACAAGAUAUGGGACUAACUUAAGGAUGCAUUGCUUAGUGUAAGAACUAAGACUAAACUUUCCAGGUGGUUAGAAUUUUCUAGCAGUGAUGCUUCCAGCGAGUUCACUGAUGAUGUUUUCUGGUGUUCCAGGACAUCAAAUAGCCCCGGAGGUGUUGUUCUUCUGAUGCAUGAAACACCCCAUCAAAUACUUUUGUAAAUUUGUCAUCUUCAUUAUAAGUAUCGGCUGUGGUUUUGGUACAUGUAAAUGAAGACAGUUUUGUUGAUGUAGAUUUCAUUUAAAAGUUCAUAACCACUGUAGUUAUUAACAUGUACAUGUAGUGAAAUAAAUGUAGCAGUAUGGAAAAAAGUUGUGGUGAAGUGCCUUAUUCAAGGAUUGUGACCUGACUUGUGACUACAUGUAUUAGUAUGACUUAAUUGAGCUUUGAAGUCCUCCUGGUUAAUCAUCUUUUGUUGGCGUCAAUUCAUCACAUUUUUAUUGUCGUUUGUAAUAAUAUUGUUGUUUGUCUAAUUGGACGAAUUUCUUUAUGGAAAUUAUGCUUCCUCAGUAUGUUUCUGUAAUUUUGAUUUGUACAAGUGUGGUGUGCUCUGUUCUUAAAAUGUUUGAAGACUGAUGGUGUGGCUCCAAUCAGUUUUAAGAAAGACAUGAAGAUCUCCUGUAAAUACAUGUAUAACUUUUUAUUUCCUUGCUGGUUGUGGAAUGGGGCAUGCAGAUGCAUACUAGUAGCUAUUUUUAUCCUGGCUUUAUAAAUAAACAUUGCUUUCAUUUCAAAAUA